GCAUAUCGAACGACGGCAAAGGAAUAUUACAAACAGCAAAUAUGGCUACAGUGAAAACAAUUCAAAUUAAAACCGAUUGCCAUCACAAGAGAACCCUAUAUGCAGUUCGUCCUUGGAUCUGGGGUCGUCCCUGUGGUCGCUGCAUGCGCAGCAUGUCACAAGGCGUGACCAUGGUGCCCACUUCGGGAGCUGCAGUAGUCGCCGUGAAUAACGGCCGCCUUCAGUCAUCAGCUGUGGUCGCACAACAACAAAUAAUUAUGCCACAACAACAGAUGAUCCUCCCACAACAACAGAUGAUCGUCCCACAACAACAAGCUGUGCCACAAGCUCAAACGGCUCUUGCUUGGCAAUCGUCCCAGGAGGCAUAUCCUACGGCACUUCCUCCCAAGUACGCACUCUAAAUGGAGGACCCAAACUAUUUUUUCGUCUUGGAUAUUCCAAGAUACUUUAAAACGGCGCAUUGAAAAUGUUUCAUAUUUUUAAGAAAUAAAGCAAUGAUUUCUUUCAAAUCUGACAUACUUGUAUACUUUUAAGUAAUUAUUUAAG